AUGGAUACUCGCGAAAGCACCCCUGUUGAAGCACGAGCACAAGCACCAGCGGCAGCGUCGACGGCGACGUCAAUGGCGGCUUCCGCCGUUUCCUCCUUGAGCGCGAGCGCCUCCGACACCUCCGCCGCAUCAACCGCCGCGAUUUCUUCCGCGCACGGUACAAAUGAGGAGCCGCCUCACGGCCGAACCGCGUCCCCGUGCGCCGCGUGCAAGUUCCUGCGGCGGAAAUGCACCGCGGAGUGCGUCUUUGCGCCGUACUUCCCGCCGGACCAGCCAGGGCGAUUCGCGAAUGUUCACCGCGUGUUCGGCGCGAGCAACGUCACGCGGAUUCUGGCGGAGAUUCCGCCGGAGCUGCGCGGAGAUGCGGCGAAUAGCAUGGCGUACGAGGCGGAGGCGCGGGUUCAGGACCCGGUGUAUGGUUGCGUGAGCGCGAUUUCGUUACUGCAGCAGCACGUCGUUCAUCUGCAAACGGAGCUGCUUGUAGCGCAGCAGGAGCUUUCGGGGCUGCAACGCGCGCUAGAAGCUUCCGCGCAAGCAGCACAGGCGCAAGCAGUGCAGGCGCAAGCAGCGCAGGCGCAAGCAGUACAGACGCAAGCAGCACAGGCGCAAGCUCAGGCGGAGGCGCAGGCGCUUCACAUUUCCGCUGCAGCUGUGGUCGCACCAGAACAGACACCUGCAGCAACCACCGCAACCAAUCCCCCGUCCGAUUCAGCCAUGACCCAAGGGCCUCCCCCUUAUCCCCCAGCCUGCACAACCGCAACCAACUCCCUCCCUUUCCCCGCUGUCCCCACUGUCACCACUGUCCCCACUGUCCCCACUGCCCUCUCUGCUCCCUCUCGGCCCGCUGCCCCUGCUACUGUCUCUUCUGCCCUCUGUGCUCCUGCUCCCACCGGUGCUGUCCCCCCUGCUGCUUCUGCUGCUGCCCCUUCUGUCGCAUGCGCAUCCCAGCAGCAGCAGCAGCAGCAGCAACAACAGCUCCAGAUGCCUCUGUUCCACCUUCUUUUGAGUCACAAACGCCACCGCCCGCUGGUACUGCAGUUGUUGCCUCGUUACAAGUUGCUCCUGCUCCUGUCCCCGUGCUGUAACCUCCUCCAUCACUGCUACAACCUGCCCCAGCACUUCUGCUGCUACCACCUUCCCCUGUCCAUUGUUUUCUGCUACAGCCUGUAG